ACAAAAUGGAAGAUUUGUUGUUUUAAUCAAGUUUAUUGUAAAUAAAUUCCAUACAUGUUCAGGAGGAAAAUAGAUAUUAUUGCAGAAAUGAUUUUAAAUACCAUUUGUUGCUUACUUAAAAGAUAGCACCGUAGAAAUGACUCCAAAAUGGAAAACCACUAGUUCAGAAUCUACUACAACAACUAGUUCUGGUUCUUCAUCAAGUAGUUCUUCAAGUUCAGGCAGUGAAUCUAGUUCAUCUGAUUCUGAAAAUUCUAGCAGUUCUGCUAAUAGUCAAAAAGUAUCUGAUACAGAAAGGACAAAAAAGAAAACAACAUUCCCUCCUAAUAGACAUGGCAAAUCUAAAGUUGAUACAGCUGUUACUCCUUCUGUAGAAAAUAAAAACAAAGAUAGAGUACCACCAAAAAAUAGAUCUGUGGUAUAUUCUUCAGAAUCAGAAGGAUCACCAAGUAAAGUAAAAGCAAUAACAAAAAGGAAGCCACCUACUAAACCGAAAGCAACUGCUACAGUAGCACCUGUUGUUAAACAACAAAGGCCACCUGCUAAGUCAGUGGCUACUACUGGUCAACAAAAAAAUGUACCAAAUCCUAAAACAAUUGCUAACAAACCAAAUAAACCUUGUGCCUCUACAAGUGCUAAUGGAAAAGGUCCUGAGAAAUCUAUAAAAACGAUUUCUGAACCUGUACAAAAAAAGCUAAAAAAGAAGAGUAUAUUCAGUCCUGAGAAUAGUAGUGAAAGUGACAAUGGUAUUCCAACAAAAACUAAUUCUGUAAAACCUAUAAAUAGUUCUACGAAAUACACAAAAAAUCAACAAUCUAAACCAAAACCAAAUGAUGCAAAACAGAAAGCAGUUGCUCCAAAUAGAUCUAGUUUAUUAACUAAAUCUGCACAAUCUCAAAAAUCAGAUAGUUCUGCAAGUUCGAAAAGCUGUUCUGCAGGAUCAGGUUCAUCAGCUUCUACAGAUAGUAGCACAGAUUCUGAAUCAUCAGAAAGUGUUACAAGUCCACAACCACAAACAAAGAAAAAAGAUACUCAACCAAGUACAACAAUAAAUGCCACUACAAACGUUCCACCAAAGCGACCUUCUGCAGCAGUUGCACCUGUAAAACCACAAAAGUGUACAAAAAGACAAAAUACAAUAAAAAGCGAAGAUGAAGCCGACGCGUCCGCGAGUGAGAAAGAAAUGGAUGAACAUGGUGAAACGGGCACGUCGAAAGCAACUACUAAAGGCAAACGAAAACUUCAGACUCGAAAAGGUAGCAAAUUGCUUCAACUACAAGCAAAGGCAGCCAGCGAUUCGGAAUCCGAUACAGUAUGGUUCUCAGGUACGGAAACGGUAGCGUGUAAACGUAUCCUGCAAAUUCCGCUGAUCCGGUGUGAUUUAUCGAGAGUAGCUGAGAGCAAGAGGAGUGCCAGCAAAUCGCCCGUUAAACGUGCUGGACCUAGUACUGCAGCCAGACAUUCAUCCGCAGCCAACAGAAUACCACAGAACAGUGGUACAUCAAAUGCUACUACUGGAAGAUCAGGACAAGGCAAUUAUGGCCGUACGCGCGUAAACAAGGAGAGAGAAUGUCCCCUAGCACCAACAUGCGAUUCUCGGGGCCAUCUCUCUGGAAAGCUCGAUUCGCAUUUCACUUUAGAAGCUUGUCCUUUGUAUCACAACACUACGCCACAAGCUUGCGCAGAAUUUUAUAAAGAGAGGAAAAAACGCGAAGAAGAGAGGAAAAAAGCCAUAGCAUGUUUGGCGAAAAAAUCUCCAAAAGGCUUGCACCAAACAACGGAACAGCGUAAUUAUCAAUUAAAAGUGAGAGAAAUGAGAAAUAAAUGGAAAGGAAACGCUGGUGAUGGAAACGAAAGCGAUAGUAGUUGUGAACUUCAGGGAAACGAGAAAGAUCGUCAACCACGAUUAACAAAUUUAACGCCAGACUACGAUUUAAAAUUAUUUAUGGAAGCGCAAGCGAUCGCAAGUGAAAAAAUCGAAAAAGAAUUAAAAGAAUUAGAUUACGACGGUGAAGGCAGAAAUAGUGGUGGUACACGAGUUAUCGAAAUGGGAAAGUGGGAAAUGGAAGUAUGGUAUCAAAGUCCAUACCCAGAGGAAUUUAGUCGUGCUCCAAAACUUUAUUUAUGCGAAUACUGUUUACGAUAUGCAAAAAGUCGUCAAGUUUUAAGAAGGCAUCGAGAAAAAUGUUUAUGGAGACAUCCGCCUGGACAUGAAGUGUAUAGAAAAGAUAAAAUAGGUGUUUGGGAAGUCGAUGGGAAACGUUACAAGCAAUAUUGUCAAAAUCUCUGUUUAUUGGCAAAAUUCUUUUUGGAUCAUAAGACAUUGUAUUAUGAUGUCGAGCCUUUCCUUUUUUAUGUGAUGACGAUUGGCGAUUCUGAAGGUUGUCACACGGUCGGAUACUUCAGUAAGGAGAAAAAUUCAUUCCUGAAUUACAAUGUGUCCUGCAUUCUGACUCUGCCACCUUAUCAACGCCAGGGAUACGGCCGGCUGCUGAUCGACUUCAGUUACUUAUUGACCAGAGUGGAGAAAAAGAUUGGCUCCCCCGAAAAACCUCUGUCGGAUCUGGGCUUGAUCUCGUAUCGCAGCUACUGGAAGGACGUUUUGCUGCAGUACCUCUGCAACUUCGGGGGCAAGGAACUCUCCGUCAAAGAUAUCAGCAAGGAGAUGGCCAUCGAUUCCUACGAUAUCGUGAGCACUCUGCAGGCCCUCGGUAUGAUGAAGUAUUGGAAGGGGAAGCACAUCAUUCUAAAGAAACAGGACGUGAUCGACGACUACAAGGAGAGGGUGAAGAGACGAGGACCCGUCUACAAAGAGAUCGAUCCGGAGUGUCUGAAAUGGAACCCCUUCCAGCCUCCCAAGACGCCCUCCGCCUCGAACUAAGGCUUGCAGCAGGAGCCCGGAAUGACGCCGACGCCGACGGCGACGGCCUCUCCCUCCCCCUCUAUUUCUCUCUCUUACACACUCGUUCACCGGUGUCGACCAAGGGCGGUGGUCGAUCUCUUUCUUCUUCUUCUUCUUCUUCUUCUGAUCAUUUCCCGUGCUCCUUUUUCUCGAAAGAUGUUCCCAUUCGCCGUUCGAAAUUGCAUUGCGCGGUUUUCACGCUUACAAUGAUACGUGAGAUAAAAUUCGUGAGGAUCCAUCGAAAGAUUCGAAUUUUACGAAAACAUUUAUGAGAAAUCGUCGAGAAUGAAUCCUAUUUUUUUUUCGAGAGAGAAAAUUUUCGAUUGGAAAUUGGCAACGAAUACGUUCGAAAUCAAGUAUCCCUUCGAGCGAUCAUGUCCCAUCCCGAAUUACUUAUUCCGUAAUCAUAUAAUGGGGAAAUAAGAAUCGCCACCCGCGGACCGAGAUCGAGUUUCCUCGGUCGAGAAACGACGAGAACUUGCGGUUCGUUGUCAGCGUCGUUUCGUUCAUCGAUUUUUCGAAUAUAAUCCGUGGCUGUUUUUAGAAAUGAUUUUUAACCAGAUUACGUGUCGUUCGUAUGAUAUGUAACAGCGUCGAACUGUCGCGCGAAGUCGAUGCGAUUUCAACAGGAUAUUCGGCAGGACAAAUUUCUUUAUUCGAAAUCUAUUUAGACGAUAUUGCUUGUAGCUGGUCCAACCGAGACCCACGAACGAGAGAUACGUUAUUGAUCGCGCUUGCGAACUGUACACGGUGAACUGCAAAACGGAGAAUUUCGAGCGUGAUGAACACCGAAAGGCCCGACGUCCUCGGUCGAGCCCAUUAAGCAACGUGAAAAUAACUUGAAAGCUAUCGAGUCAAGGUUGAACAGGAUCAAUUUAAACGGCGCGUUCCUACAGUCGCCGAUAUGCCAGUUGAGGUGACCGUCGUAAAACAUUUUUUUUUUUUUUAAUGUUUUUAAAUCUAGAUAGAACGUUCUUAGGUUUUCAAAUGAUCGUAAAUAUAUCAUAACGUUAUGGUAGAGAAAUACCAUAAAAGGAUAGGUAAUUCGAAUAACGAAAUGGAUGAAUGUUGUACACGUAAGCUUACACACACAUACACACACACACACACUCGCGUAAAUACGAUCAGUGAAAUGAAUUUCUCGUUUGUCUUCUUUAAUUAAGUUUAUUCGUUAUUACUGAUACAAGUAUUCGAGUUGAGAGACACUGCGCGUUUAUCAUUUACAGCGGAAGAACGUUUGUGUCACGUUUCAGUUUUUCUUGCAAAUACUGUUGUAGAUUUUUUUUUUCAAGGUUUAUUCGGCUACCGAUGGUUCCCUUCGUUGACCAAGAGUCAGCUAUUAACAAUCUGUAAAUUAAACAUUUUAUGACCGUGUAUGUUGUAUAAGAUGUACAAUAUUAUUUAUAAGAAUACAAUUUUUAUCAACGACGAU